AUGAGUUGUAGGGUAGCCAAGCUUCCAAGUUUAAUGGCAUCCGACAACAAAAUGGGUCGUUGGGGUGCCAUAAGUUAUGUAAUGGGAAAUAUUGUAGGCGCAGGAAUUUUUAUUGCACCCACAGCUAUAUCUAAUCAAGUUGGAUCAGCAGGAAUGUCGAUCAUAAUUUGGGUACUGUCCGCAAUAAUUUGUACAAUUGGGGGCUUUUGUUAUUUGGAAUUGGGUACAAUUGUGAAAAGAUCUGGAGGAGAUUUUGCGUACCUAUGCUUUGCAUUUGAUUGCCUUCAUGUUUAUGGUCUCUGGUUGCGUGAUCGUUUAUCCCAUGCAGGUACAUAUCUUAUUAGAGAUAAAAAUUUGGGAUCUAUUCUUAUCGAAUUUGAAGCAAAUUUAGUAUAUUUAGCCCUUUUCUCAAUGCAGUUAGCAAUUGCAGCGAGUGCUUCUGGCGAGUACUUUGUUCAGGCAUUCAAGCUUUGUAAGCAAUUUAUUCAUUGUAAUUCACAGGGUCUUGGAUUUUCUGAUAAUCCUCAUGUAUAUUGGCUAAAUAAACUAUUUGGAUUCUCCAUUGUUUGGCUAAUACUUUUUUUGAAUUUUUUCUCAAUCCGUCGAGUCGGCGCCCCUUUCCAAAUGCUUUCUUCUGUAGCAAAGCUAACUGCUUGUACUUUUGUUAUCGGAGCUGGUGUUUUCCAAGUAUUCUCGAAAGGUUAUUCAUUAUUAUUUCGCCUUUAUUCCCGCUUUACAGGCAGCAAAUUCAAACAGAUUGAUGACUUUUUUGUCAACUCCAGCUUCUCGGCAGGUCAGAUUUCAGCUGCCUUGCUGGGAGGCUUUUACAGUUAUGAUGGUUGGGAUAUUCUAAAUUGGGGUGUUGAGGAAAUUAAGAGCCCUGAAAGGUGAAAAUUUACGUAA